CAGUUUGACGACACAAAACGACGCUGGCCGGACGACUGGGUCGGGCGCAGCAGCGAGAUACAGAGAGUGAGAAAAGUUUACAACUUUCUGCACAUAUAUAUAAAGUCGUGCUUGAUCGGGUGUUAAUCACAGUUUGUCGCUUGUUUAGUAUACAACAGUUGGGCGGAUUUUAGUUGCCUCUAGUAGUUAUCACACUAGUGCGGUUUUGAUUUUGUACGUUUAAAAAUAAAGAUUUAAACAAUGAAGUUAUUCAUCGUUGCCGCUUUCGCCCUGAUCGCCGUGGUCGCGGCCCAGGACAAGUACACCACCAAAUACGACGGAGUCGAUGUGGACGAGAUCCUGAAGUCGGACCGGUUGUUCAACAACUACUACAAAUGCCUGAUGGACCAGGGCCGCUGUACCCCGGACGGAAACGAGCUGAAGCGGGUGCUGCCCGACGCACUCAAGACGGAUUGCACCAAGUGUAGCGAAAAGCAGAAGGCCGCCACCGAGAAGGUGAUCAACUAUCUGAUUGAGAAACGCCCGAAACAGUGGGCCACUCUGCAGGAGAAGUAUGACCCCGAAAACGUGUACGUUAACCGAUACCGCAAUGACGCCGCCAAGGCCGGCAUCAAGCUGUAAGCCGUCGGCACCGCAGGCGCAGCUGAUGGACUGAGACUGAGAAACACCAGAAAUGCCUCCGAUUACAACCUAAAUCUAAACACUACACAAGAGCUAGAAAAAUUUUCCUGUAACAAAUUCUACUAACUUAAAUUUGUGCAAUUCUUGGUGUAGUCCCGACAAAAAAUAAGCUUCUUUUAUCUGUGAUCAAAUCUGUACCACCUUAUAAGUGGUUUUAGGCUCCACUGCGUUUGCCCUUCCGUCUAAAAAGUACGUACACCUAUCGCAAAGAUAAUUCAUACCCGUCAGUGGGCGUUGCCUGCUGCUGACACAGAAUCGGCGCGGACACUCGCCAAUACUCUGCAGUUGGACGAAUACUCUGCAGUUGGCUGUGGUCAAUGUCAUGCUGACGAUUUAUGAAACCACCGAGCGAUGGGUGGGGCGCGGGUGAAGCAGUAUACGCUUGCAGUUCGGAUAACCCCCUCAGAAUUGCGAAAUCAGAAACUUAAUCGAUUGGCGGCUUUCCACGGGUGCAACGUACGACAGUAGGUGGCGGGGCCAGUGCCUUUCACAAACCGGGCAGUUUGACAUCGUCGGUGCCGAACUGGUUGUUUGUUUGUAAAUGUAGGAAUUAAUUAAAUCAAAAAAUAUAAUUUCAGAAAAAAAA